UCAGUUCUCGCGAGGUCGCAACAGUUGUUGGAUUUGAAAACAGGCGGCACGAAAAAGUCGGAAAGGAAAAUAUGGCUGCGGACAACGAACUGGACGUCAAGGAGGCAUUUCAGUUCGCUCAAAAAGGCCACAUCAACAAGGCGAAACUUGUGGCGAACCUGAGGACCCGCUACAACAAACUGGAGGACAAGACCUUGUUCCACGAAGAGUUUGUCAAAUAUCUGAAAUAUGCCAUGAUUGUCUACAAGCGUGAGCCCACAGUGGAAAACGUCAUUGAAUUUGCAGCAAGAUUCGCCACAAGUUUUCAGUCGCCACCAAAAGCUGGUGAAGAGGAAAAGAAGGAAGCAGAUGAUGAUGAUGAUGAUAAUACUGAUGAAGAAGAUGAUGAUGAUGAUGAUGAUGAUCAUCCAUUUUUGAGUUUCCUUUUCAACUUCCUGCUGGAGUCUCAUAAAGCCAACAGCCAUGCAGUGCGCUUUCGCGUGUGCCAGCUUAUCAACAAGAUGCUUGGCAGCAUGGCAGAGAACGCUCAGAUCGACGACGACCUCUUCGAUCGCAUCCAUCAAGCUAUGCUGGUGCGUGUCACUGACAAGUUUCCCAAUGUACGCAUCCAGGCUGCCUUGGCCAUGACCCGACUGCAGCAACCAAGCGACCCUGAUUGUCCCACCAUCAAUGCUUUCAUGCUGAUUCUAGAAAAUGACACCAAUGCUGAGGUGCGCCGGGCUGUCCUCUCUUGCAUUGCUAUUUCUCCUCGCACCCUCCCAGGAGUACUCAAACGCACCCGGGAUGUGAAAGAAAAUGUUCGCAAACUAGCCUACCAGGUUCUGGCUGACAAGGUUCAUGUUAGAGCUCUGUCUAUUGCACAGAGAGUGAGCUUACUGGAGCAGGGACUCCACGACACAUCAGAAGCAGUAAAAGAGGUUGUGUGCUCCCGUCUACUACCUGCCUGGCUUCUUCGACUGGAUGGAAAUGUCACGGAGCUUCUCUACAGGCUUGAUGUAGAGAAUUGCGCUCAAACAGCUUUAGAGAUGCUGAAUGCCAUUUUCAAAGGCAUGGACACUGAUGAGCUGCUGCAGAACAGAUUGCAGUUGAACAGCAGGAACCUGAUCCCAGUGGAAUCACUGACGUGCGAGAAUGUGCUUUACUGGGGAGCCCUUUGCAAGUUUAUCAAGGAAAAAGGCGAUGAUGGCGAUGAAAUGUUGGAGCAGGUCUUGCCGGAUGCUGCCACUUACGCGGACUACCUCCACGAGUAUUUGAAGGCACUUCCAAUGCUUUUGGAAGAGCAGAAAGCCGACUUGAACCACCUGGAGUUGGUUAUGACUAAGGAUUUUAUCUCUCAGCAGCUCAUCCAUCUCAUUGGAUGCCUGGACACCAACGAGGAAGGUGGCAGGAAGCGUGUUCUGGCAGUGCUGCAGGAGAUGUUGGCACUGCCACAGACACCCUCCUCACUGGUCUUCUUGCUCACUGAGAAGCUCCUCACACUCAUGCCCGAUGACCAGCGACGCAUUCAGACAGUGGCGGAAAUAAUCUCGGAAAUGCGGGCGCCAAUCACAGAAACGAGUCACCCGGUGGACGAGAACGCCAGUCGCCGCCAGCAGGUUCAGCUAGCAGAGGUAAAGGUGCGAAUCAUCGAGGCUAAACAAGCCCUGGAGGAAUGCAUCGCUGCUCAGGAUUUCGGUCGCGCCGCCCAGUUGAAGGACGCCAUCACUGAGCAGGAAAACCAGCGCAACAAGGUCCUUGAGGAGAUCGCAGCCAGCGCCCAGCCGGCCGACAAUGAGAUCCGUACUGAGAAGAACGACCCUGAGACUCUUUUUAGGUGUCUUACAAUGUGUGCUGAGCUGCUCAAGCAGAUGAAGAUCAAGAAUCGAAUCAACCCGACAAUCAGUGCCUUAAUGUCCUCACUGAUCCUCCCCGGCAUCGCAAGUCCUCACCCCACUGUCCGCAGUAUGGCUGUUUUAUGUUUGGGUACAUGCGCUCUCCAUAGCAAAGAGCUCGCCAGAACCCACAUGGUCCUUCUCUUACAGAUCGCUCAGCUCGACGAGGUCAAGAUUCGCAUCAUCGCUCUGCGAGCAGUCAUCGACUUGCUGCUGCUGUUCGGUUUUCAGCUCCUCUCUGAAACUGGCAGCGGUCAGAAGAAUCAGCUGCCGGGAUCACCAGACCAGGAGAAGGAGGAGGAGGAGGAGGAAGUGGUGGCACAGGCUGAGGACAAGUCGGAAGACACGGCUCAGAGCAUUUUGGCGAUGCUGUCGGAGCUCCUGGAUAAUGAGGUGUCCGAACUGCGCACGGAGGCGGCUGUGGGUCUGGCCAAGCUGAUGUACACGGGACGCAUGUCCAGUGCCAAGAUCCUGUCACGUCUGGUUCUGCUUUGGUACAACCCGGUUACUGAGGAUGACGUCCUUCUCCGACACUGCCUGGGCAUCUUUUUCCCUCUCUAUGCCCGCGAGAGCAGGGCCCACCAGGAAGUUGUGGAGGAGAGCUUCCUUCCGACCAUGCGUACGCUGAUGAAUGCACCUGCCACUUCUCCAUUGGCAGAGAUAGACAUUAACAACGUGAUGGAGCUCUUUGUGGAACUGACCCGUCCAAGUGUCCUUCUGAAGCCUUCUGCCAACACAGAGGAAGUGAACGUCCACGACUACUUGGCGGUGUGCGUGUGUGGUGAGAUGUUGCUGGACCCGACUGCCCCGGAGGUGCGCCUUUAUGCCAAGACGCUGAGCUACCUGGAGCUGAGCUGCAACGAGACUGUCAAGAAAGACCUGCUCUCACUUUUGCAGCAGCUCGUCCAGAUGGUGAAGGACCGCGUCUGUCUCCGCGCUUUGGAGAAGAUGAUUUCUCAACUGGUAGAUUCGAAAGAGCAAGCCGAAGUCCUCGGUGCAUCUGCGCUGCAGCCGUUGGAUGUCAACGCGGAGGAAACCGUAUCAGAGGAGCCAUUAAAGUCAGCCAAGAGAAGCAAAAAAGGUCAGAGGAAGGCCAGCACGGCCAAAGGAGGCAGAAAGGCAAGCAGGAGGGCAGAGUCUUCCGAGGAGAGCGAUGGAGAAAAUGUUCCCGACCCAGUUCCUGCAGUGCGACCUUCUCGUAGGGCCAAGAUCGCAGCUAUAGAGAAGACAAAAUUAGAUCUCAAUCCCCUCCUCAACCAAGAGGCCAAUUUGUCUUAACUAUGUUCCCGAAAGUUGGCAUCUGUGCAAACAUUCGUUGACCCUCUCAGACUACAGUAAGCGAGGCCACGUUUUAUAUUCUCAUCUUCUGAGCUGUCAAAUACUGCUGGCAUUUGCCAAGUGUUAACUAUUUUAAGAAUAAAGGUCAGUGUAGAUUGCCUCCUUUAUUUAUUUUUGUUAAAUCUCCGGUUUAUAGUGAUUUAUUUAAGGCUGAUUUGCCUUUGAAUUAAGGUUGUUUAAAAAAAAUCUUAUAUGCAGUUUAAAAAAACCUAUACAAAAUAACAGAUAAUUAGUCAUGGAAUUUUCUCUUGGAGUAACAAUCUCAAUAGGAAAGCCGAUAGCAUCUUGUAAGUUUUUUUUCUGUACAUUUUAUUGGUUGCAACAUUUCAAAAAUUAUAUUUGUAGUCUUUUACAGAUUUUCACCUAUGCAGGUGGGUCUGGAACAUAUGCCAGGUUAACUAUGUGUGCUGGAUAAUUAUUUUAAUCAUGACACUAAUUUGGAAUUUAGGGGAAAAAACACCUUUAUUCCUCCAAAUACAGUCACAGUUGCAUCUGUAAAGGACAGUAUAAAACCACAAGAAAAUAUACAACAGAAGUUCAGCACCAGAUUUUUUUGAGCGGGUUAUUCCCCCCCACUACAAAAGGGUCAUCACCCUAAAACGUGACCACAGUGACAUAAAUACAUGGGUAGUCAGGCACACGCUAUUUUUAUACAGAGAAACAGUUAAAAUAAAUCUCACUACAGGAAGGGGAGGGACAAACUUGAGUUCCAUCCAAGAUUAGUGUUACGGCAUCAUUUAUACAUCUUGGACAAAAAGCACAGUGGGCCUCGACAGUCUCUGGAGGUCUCAUGCUGGAAACAGAAGGCAAUAUCAAGCAGGAAUUUGAAAGACCAUCUCUCAACUGCAUUUGAACAGGCUAUAAUAAUCCUUGUACAUUCAAAGAAAACAUUUAAUGCUAUUAUUUUAAAAAAAAACUCAUUUAGUUUGGGAUUGAAAACUUUCGUGUUCAGGGAUGGGCAGAGUAACCUAACAUCAAGAAUUUGUGAAACUCGUGUUCAAAAUGGUGUGCACUAGUUGAUUUAGUCUCAACAGGUUGCCAUCGAAACGAGAUUAGCAACAAAAAUGCUCCAGGCAGCAUUAUUCUACUCAACGCUGGCAUUGAAAAAAAAAGCUCAGAACAUUCAGACCGCGCUUCUCCCAUCUAUUAUCCAUCGUGGCCGUGCUGGAGCCUAUCCCAGCUAUCUUUGGCCAGUAGGCAGGUUACACUCUGAACUGGUUGCCAGCCAAUUGCAGAGCACAAAUAGACAAACAACCAUUCACACUUAAACCAAGGACAAAUUAGAGUGUUCAAUUAACCUACCAUGAACAUUUUCUUGAAUGCGAGAGGAAACUGGAGUACCCAGAGACACCCACACAGGCAUGGGGAGAACAUCCAAAUUCCACUCAGGAAGGCCGGAGCCCCGAAUCAAACCCUCGACCUCUGUCUGCCCUGUGAAGCAUGCGUGUCACCCAGCACUUCUCCCAUCCCAUUAAAAUAAUAGUCAGUCUAGGAAAUUUUGUUCCAAUUCCAAUGCCCAUCCCUCUACUGGUCACCUUGUACAUCUACAUAGCGACCACUAAAGUGACAUCCCAGGCCAUCGUGUACAUCCAUCUGUCAGUAAUAAAAUAAUGACUACAUGCCGAUAGGG